AUGGCCGCAGCUCUCGUCUUUGGGUCCACCGGCGCAGUUGGCUCCCAAAUCCUCGCCACUCUGCUCUCUUCCAAUUCCUGCACGUCCAUCACAACUAUCUCACGCCGGGCUCCGCCAUUGCAAGAUCAAAAGCUGCGUCCGAUCGUCGAAACUGACACCGCAAAAUGGGGACUCCGCAUUGCUGAAACGUCGCCACUCCCAUCUGUAGUCUUCAACGCCGUGGGCACCACUCGUGCAACGGCCGGCUCGAUCGCAGCUCAACGUGCCAUCGACCACGACUUGUGUAUCGGAAACGCAAAAGCGGCUAAGGCGGCGGGUGUCAAGACGUAUGUGUACUGCUCGAGUGCGGGCACGAGCGGCUCUAUCAAUCCAUUUGCCUAUGGUCCCUAUGCAGGCAUGAAGAGAGGCGUCGAGACGGCCAUCAAGGACCUGGACUUCGAGCAAGCGAUUAUUCUCCGGCCUGGCAUGAUUCUGGGAAGGGAAAGUCCAAAGAUCAAGUGGAUGGAGGACAUGUUUCAUGGAUUGAAGCACAUCAGUCAAGGUGUUCAGGACCGUUUUGGCCAAGAUCAAACGAUCAUCGGAAGGGCGGCUGUGGCUGCUGUGAAGUUGGCAGAGGAGGGCAAAGCGCCGGCGAAGUACUGGGUCUUGGAGCAGGCUGACAUCGUAAGGCUGGGAAGGGAUGAGUGGAAGGCGUGA